AUGCGUUAUCAUAUAUUCAUUCGCACAGUUUCAGAAUAUCCAACUGUAUUAGAAAUGGAUCUACUAACUGCAAUAAUUUUCCUGGCGGCUUUGCUGCACCAAUCUGAUGGGCAGGAUGUAAAAUAUAAACAAGUGGACGUUUCUGCCUUUACUCAUUUUUCGUUUCAAAACCAAAAAGAGAUCCUUGAGCAACACAAUGAAAUAAGGAGAUCUGUAAUUCCCACAGCCAGGAACAUGCUGAAGAUGGUGUGGAGUGAGAAUGCUGCCAGAAAUGCUCAGAAAUGGGCAAAUAGGUGUGAGAUGAAAAUCAGCCCAAAAGAUCAGAGAAUCAUAAAUGGUGUCACCUGUGGUGAGAAUAUAUUGCUAUCAUCUUACCCAAGAACAUGGUCUGAAGCAAUUAAAGUCUGGAACAGUCAGUCCUCCAAUUUCAAGUAUGGAUAUGGAGCAGUCACAAAAAAUGUCAAUAUCGAGAGCUACACCCAGCUAAUCUGGUAUAACAGUUACCAGGUUGGAUGUGCAGUUGCCUACUGUCCUAUGAACCCCUUCAACUACUUUUAUGUUUGCCAAUACUGUCCUCCAGGAAAUAAUGCAAUGCAAAUAGCAACACCUUACAGAAGUGGACCAAAAUGUGCAGAAUGUCCUGGCCACUGUGACAGAGGACUUUGCACCAAUCCUUGCAGGUAUCAAGACUUCUUUGGAAACUGCAGAAAUCUGAAGAUGUUGUUUGGUUGUAAUCAUUCACUGGUGAAGGUGAAGUGUCCUGCUACCUGUGGCUGCACCACUGAAAUAAUAUAA